AAUUGAAAAGAAUUGAAAAUGCACUGGAAUGCUUUUUUAUGCUGUCAACAACAACUAGUUCAGGUUUACCUCUUGAAGAGACCGUUUCAUUGCCCAUUUUGUCACAGAAAAAAACGUUUACCUGUGUAUUCUAAACUUGGAAAAUAUACUAGUCUCAAGUCGUCUUUGAGUCUGGAAAGCUCGGGUGCUCCUUUCUCGGCAGCUGACGUUUUUACCUUCUUGGCUCUAAGGGCACAAGAAUCCAUCUGCAAAGAUACCGCACAAGUCGACGGAUUGGGUAAAUUUUAUAGUUGUGGAGAUGCCAAGGAUGACAGUAGUUUGUCCGACUACAGUAGUAUACAGGGCGGGUCGGAUAGUGACUGGAGCAAAGACGAGAUUCCUUCCUUAUUUAAUUGGUGUCCACCUUCCAAGAGCAUUUGGAGUGACCGAAAAAGUUCACGUAUGCUGGGUGGUAGGAAAUUCUCCAGAGCUUUUGUCGAUGUCUGGAGAGCAUCUCAAAAAGAACGACAUCCACUGAUAGGCAGAAGGUUCUAUCAAGGAAGAAGAAAUGCGCACGUUGUUUGGGUACAAACUCUGAACGUGACCUCGGCAACACCACUUACUGAAAACCUAGACAUUGCCGGAGUUAGUCUCUUUUUAGAACCCAGGAACGUGCAUACACCAAUAUUUCGUGCAGAUUUACGUUACUUUGAGUUAAAUCAUGGAGGCCUUUGGUGGUUUGUUGGUAGCGUCGACUUGAUUAUUUCUGCCUCGAGUUCAACUAGUAUAUUUGCCAAAGAGGCAAAACUUGUUUAUAGUCAUUGGAAACAGUUAUGCGAGAAACACCGCUCCAUCAUUCCUUUCGUUCGCGACCCAUCACAAGAACCCAUUCCCUUUGGAAACCUAUUAGGAGAUUUUGACACGGUUGAACGUGGACGAUCCAGAGCUUUCGCUUUCACGAAUGAUGUCAUGGAUUCCUUGUUAUCUGUCUAUUUGCCGUUGACUCGCAAACAAAGCCCGUCUUUCAAGCAACUGAAGCGAAACAAGAGUAGGAAUCCUCACUUGGGUUUCUUUCAUCUCGAUCCAUCUGCAGAAUCCAGUUAUACUUGGGACACGUAUAGUUUAUCAGGAGGCACAGUUUUGGAAUCUUCUUUUUGUGAAGAAGCACCCUUGGCUAUGUGGCGUUUUAAUCUCUUUCCUCCACCAGGUACAGCUGCUGCAAAAGUUAUUGCAGAACUUCGCUCGGGUAGAAAUAGUUCACAAAUAGAUCCUCUCGGUUAUAUUGGGUGGUUUUAGAGAUUGCUCAUUGUCUUGUGGUAAAAUGAUCCUAUUUCCUUAUGUGGAAAGGGUCAUGGAAAAAUUUCUUUAA